AGCAUUUCUGGAUCAAAAAACUGCAGCCAAAGUGCUGCAUCACAAACUCUCUCCAGCCAUGUACGCAGCAAGCGAAUUGGCUAAGCUGGGCUAUGAAUUCAGGCCUGGUCCCAGUGGGAAGAAGAGCGAUUGGGUGCUACGGCAGCGAGGCGAUGACCAGAAGGGCUUUGAGUUCAAGGAUCAAGGCAACUACAAUGAAGUGGCCAACGCCGUGGUGUCCUUCGUGCAGCAGCAGCUGGUCUCGCUCUGUGAACUUCUACCCUUUCCCUUACCUCCCACAGCCGGGGAGGCGAACUCAGUGAUCUACGCCACGCAGAACUUUCAGGAACAUCCUGGUCCGUUGCUACUCUUGGUGUGUGGUUCCGCCCCAGGUGGUGCGGCUGGGGUUUGGGGUCGAAGCUUAUGCAUCAAUGCCACGCUGCAUGAGGGCGCGAUGUUUGAUUACAUCUUCCGGGCAGAGGCCUUGGGCUGGGCGGUGGUGGUCGCCAACCCAAACAUCAACGAGAUUCAUGGGAUUCCAAUCACUGGCUCUGAAAGUCCUCAUCAACACCUGGCCACUCUUUGGAAGUCAUACAUGGAGUCUGCCCAAGCUUCAAAUGUCUUGGUGGUGGCACACUCCUAUGGUGCGCCUCUGAUCGUGCACCUCUUGAAAGUGUUCGCCAGCGCCCGAGCUCGGAUUUCCGCCUUGGCCUUCACGGACGCUUGGCCUCCAGGGGGUUUCUUGGAAGAGAAGAUCCCCGAGGAGAAGGAAGCUCCAACGCCCGCGGAGUCCGCCCUGCGAAAGGUGCUCUUGGAUUUUGCCAAGAAAACACCAGAGGCCUUUGCCCCCGCUGAACCUGAGGUGGUCUCCACCUUGCAGCAGGUAGGCAGGAACUUCCGUGCCAGUCCGCUGCCUGCUGGAACCUUCUUAGGUGUUGGAGAAGUUGUCGAGGUGAGUGCUGGUCAUCAAAGUCAUCCCUCUACCACACACGCUGCCACCGAGCCACUCUUUCUGUUCCUGCAACAAGGAGCUCAAGGGGACGCCCCGAAAGCAAACGAGGAGCUUCGAGCCGCCCGAGCAGCUUGAAAAGAUGCCCUUCGGAUGAUGGCAGAGGUAUGAUAGAAUGGACCAUGUAUCAAUAUG